AUGCCCGUUAUUUUAGAGAAUGAUUCAGAUAGUUUGGCCAAAUGGUUGGAUCCCAAUAUUGGCUGGAAUUCAGAAUUGGAGGAGCUUUUAAAAUCUUACGAGGGAGAAUUAGAAUGUUAUCCUGUCUCGCAGGAUGUAGGGAAAGUAAGCAAUGAUUAUCCGAGUCUGAUACAACCUAUUGCAAAAGCCAACAUUGCAACCUUUUUUUCGGUGAAAAAAGAUGAAAUAAAAGGCGAAGAUAUAUCAAACUCCAAAUCAAUAAUUAAAGAUGAUGAUGUUGAUAUGAAAGAAAUAAUUAAAAAGGAUAGUGAUGAUGAUGAUAUGAAAGAACCAAUAAUUAAAAAAGAGGAUGAUGUUGAUAUGAAAGAAUCAGUAAUUAAAAAAGAGGAUGAUGAUGAUAUGAAAGAAUCAGUAAUUAAAAUAGAGGAUGAUGAUGAUGAUAUGUGGGAAUCAACUUCUGGUAUUUCAACCAUACCAUCCAAACGUUCAUUGGAUGAUUUGAAAGAUGAUAUAAAAGAUGAAUUUUUAUCGGAUGAAGGAAAUGAUCUAAAGAGAUCACGUAAACUUACACCUUCACCGCCUGAUGAAAAACCACUUAAUGACAAAGACUUGGAUACGGAUCAAUUGCAAACAUCGACAACAGCUGAUGCUUCCACACCAAAAGGUAAUAUACCAAAAAAGAAGCAGAAAGCCAAAGACAAGGCGGAAGGUUCAGCUAAAAUUACUAGUUACUUUUCAAGAUCAACAACAUAA